CCGGGUCAAGUCAGACCCGACCGGGUCAAGUAAGGGACCCGACCGGGUUUGGUCUAAAUCAGAUUUUUCCAAAUCUUUGUGAUCUUCAGCAUGUUCUGGUGUUCCGGGUCAUAUCUGACCCGACCGGGUCGAGUAAGGGACCCGACCGGGUUUGGUCUAAAUCAGAUUUUUCCAAAUCUUUGUGAUCUUCAGCAUGUUCUGGUGUUCCGGGUCAUAUCUGACCCGACCGGGUCGAGUAAGGGACCCGACCGGGUCUUACUUUUUCUUCUUAGAUUCGGUCUUCAACUGACCCGACCGGGUUCAAGGUCUGACCCGGUCGGGUUUUUCUGCUCCUGGGUAUUUUUGUCUUCAGCUUUUCUCCCCUUUUCCUUGCUACAAACUCUAUCACUAUUCUAUAACUACGAAAAGAAGGAGAAAACAAUUACAAACAAAAUAAAACAAGUACUUACAAACUAACUAAAAGCGAUGGAAAAUCCACACUCAAUCAACAUAAAAACAUACAUUUAUGCACUAUAAACUAGUGCAUAUCAUUGGCACUGGAAUUCAGUGAUAUUUGCCAAGGACUCCGCCUCUACCCAUUUUGUAAAGUAAUCGAUGGCCACGAUUAUAAACUUCUUACCACCGGUCGUCCUAGGUAGAGGUCCU